UGUGCUUUGUCUCUCAAACGACGUACCUAGCUCCGGCCUUUCCAUAUUUUCCAUAUCAGUGACGGUUAUUUGUAGCCAGUGCCUAUCUGUCUAUAGCCUCUUCCUCUUUUCAUUGCGAAAUAGAAGACCAGAUAAUUCCCCGAGUACAUCACCUUUUUUCAUCAACACAUUAUUAAAUCCAUUGACAACCACAGUACAUAAUAACUAUGACAGAGACCGCAUCAUCUAAACGCCGAGUUGUUUUGAUGGAGGAGCGUACAACUGAGUUGUAUAAGUUGAGAGGACAAGUUCUUGAAGGUGUUCGAGCUCGUGCUCAAGAACCCCAAAAGAAAUCGGACAGGUUAAGGGGGAAAGUGGGUAUUAUUACUGGGGUUGGGCCUGAGACCGGAAUCGGGACAGCUGCUUCUAAACUCUUUGCAAAAGAAGGUAUUGAACAUCUUUAUCUGCUUGAUUAUAACGACAAAGGUCUUCCGGAGUUGGUUUCGUAUCUGAAGGAGCACUAUCCAAGGACCAAAGUCACCUUUGUAAAAGGGGAUGCCGCAGACCACAAAGCAGUAUCAUUUCUCGUCGAUAGAACCCUGGAGGAAGAGGGUCAUCUUGAUUUAUUCUUUGCCAAUGCUGGUAUCUCUCAGAUCACGAAGCCGGUCAAGGGGAAGAGUGGGAAUAUCAUGAGUUUUAGUCAACCUUUUAAAGAUGUAGAAGAGGCAGAGUUCAACGAGAUUAUGAGGAUCAACGCUUUAGGAGUCUUCGUUGCUAUCAAGUAUGCCUCAAUCGCAAUGGCUAAAUUGUGCCCUGAGAAGGGAAAGUCCAUUCCUGGAGGCUCUAUCGUGCUCACCGCGUCGAUUGCCGGCCUCAAAGCCAACGCUGGUCCUAUUCCCUACUCCGCCUCUAAAGCCGCUGUGAUUUCUAUGGCCCAAACUGCAGCUUAUGCUCUUACUGGAUUGAACAUCAGGGUCAACGCUGUUUGCCCCGGUCUGAUUGAAACUGACAUGACCAAACCGAUGUUUGAUUUUGCCAGAGCAAGCGGUAAUGACUCGAAGAUCGGCCAGCUUAAUCCCACUCUUCGUCAAGGUAUUGGACACGAGGUGGCCCAGGCGGCGCUGUUCCUGGUAUCAGAUGAGUCCUCGUACGUCAAUGGCCAGGCUCUGCCUGUUGACGGCGGCUUGAGUGCCAGUGUGCCGUACGUUCGCAGCAAGAUUUAAAAAUAUCUUGUAUGCUGGGUACAGUAUUUAUUGUAGCUGCCUUCUUUUAGAGACUUGCAUGCAUUGGGAACGUCGAGGU